AUGCUGCUCCAACAGGACGCCAUUAUAAACGAAUACCGCAUCAUUAAAAUUGGUAUCCGUAAUAAAGCAUUUGUACAACCUCAAACCUCUAGGAAUCAAGUAUGGAAUGUGAUAUCAGUAAAGGAAAAAGCAUCGAUGCAACAUGCGCACAAUCUUCGUCCAGAUGAGCAACUCAGGGGGAAGGAGCGAAUUGCCUCACUUGGUCACCCAACGAAGUGA